AUGAAACAAUUGCAUUUGUCCACAGAAUCCUGCUCCAACGUAAAGGAUCAGUUCCCGAUUCUCCUUUGGGAACACGACCUUGUUGCCUUCAUCAAAAAUCGGAUGAACUACACUAACAAGUUCCUGGUGAUUCCAGAGUCUGGAGACUAUUUUGUUUAUUCGCAAGUGACCUUCAGAGGCACCACACCAGAAUGUGGUAAAAUAACUCAACUGAAUAGAUCCAGCAAACGUUAUAUAACCCAGAUUAUCACCAAAGUAACCGACAGCUACCCAGAGCCCACCAAGCUCCUGACAGGCACCAAGUCUGUGUGUGAGAUAGGGAGUAGUUGGUUCCAGCCCAUUUCUGGGGCCGUGUUUUCCAUGCAGGAAGGAGAUAAGCUUAUGGUCAACGUUAGUGAUAUCUCCCUGGUGGAUUACACAAAAGAAGACAAAACCUUUUUUGGGGCUUUUUUACUGUAGACACCAGGUUUCUGUCAUUAAGAACUGAUACUCUUGUGGCAACUGUUCUCUGUCUUCAGCAGCUAUAAUCCCAGUUCCCAGUUUUAUUUAUUUGCAUACAACAGUGACCAGUGAUUUAUUUGGGGAAAUUCCUUCGAGUUGAUGGUACAGGUAGGAGAAUCAUUUGCAAGGAUCUAGAUAUGCAAGCGAGCUCUGAUUGGUGACACCAACAACCAAAGCAAGAUACAAAACAAAAAUAAGAAGCCAUGGGAAAGAUAAUUUCUUCCUCUGGCCUUGGGGAGGUUUCUGGAGAACAAUCAAUCCAUCAAUAGUAUUUAUUGAGUACCUUCUGUGGGCAGAGCACUGAAAUGAGAGUAUAGGAGAGUAUAAUAGCUUAUGCCCUCAAGAGGUUUGCAAUCUAGCUGGGAAGAAGCAGAGAAUUGAGGUGUUGGCUUUAGAGGUUGGAUUUAAGGAGUAGUAUAUAUGCUGAUGUGUAGGGAGGAGGGGUUUUGACUUCCCCUAAAAAUGUGUCUCUGGUUCUUUCUACUUAUGCUUUCAUCAUUGUCCACUAGUUAGUCACAAACUCCCUUUGCUUUUGAAAUCUAGAGAUGCAGGCAGCCAUCAGUGGGAGGACCCAGGGGCCCAAGGCCUCAGAAUAAAGCCAGCAUUGACGUCUCUCCCCCGCUCCCCUUCCCUCCCUUUGAAGCACUGAAACUGAAGUUCAGUGUCCUGACCUUUCAAGGGCCUAAAAGAGCCACUCUAGAGACCCUUCCAGGGCCACUCCAGGCAGCCAAACAGAAAUGACCAAACUCAAUGACUUGUAUCAAACUUGGAAAAGGGCGUGCAUUCCGAUUUGUGGGAUCCUUACAGUCCAUGCAAACAAUCAAUCAAUGGUAUUUAUUUAGUGGUUACCGUGCAUGAACACUGUACUAAGGACUUUGGGAAAA